GUGCGGGUGCUGAAGGAGAAGAUCGAGGCAGAGAAGGGCAGCGAUGCCUUCCCUGUGGCCGGGCAGAAGCUCAUCUAUGCCGGGAAGAUCCUGAGUGACGACGUCCCCAUCCGCGAGUACCGCAUCGACGAGAAGAACUUUGUGGUUGUCAUGGUGACCAAGCUCCCCCAGCAAAUCAGCCAGCACCAGGAGCAGUUCAUCCAGAUGCUGAAUGAGCCGCUGGGGGAGCUGGGCGACCUCGAGGGGGAGAUGGGAGCCAUCGGGGACGAGUCCCCCCAGAUGAACUACAUCCAGGUGACGCCUCAGGAAAAAGAAGCCAUAGAAAGGUUGAAGGCGCUGGGCUUCCCCGAGAGCCUGGUGAUCCAGGCCUACUUCGCCUGCGAGAAGAACGAGAACCUGGCGGCCAACUUCCUGCUCAGCCAGAACUUUGACGAUGACUGAGGGGCUGGGGCAGGUGCCCCUCACCCU